UUCAAAAUGAGUACUAUCAAUAACAAAAUUAUUAUUGUUACUAACAACUAGAAAUGAUUCUUCACGUGUUUACAAAUGACAGGUCUUACCUGCUGUAGAGAGGAUCUUCUACUCUCAGUCAACUUCAAACCAUGAGCACACAGCUUGAAAAGCCAGUAGUAUGUCUGGGUAUCCUAUCAGGUCAUCUGGCAAUACGGUCUCGUCAGUCUUCACAGCUCACGUUCUCUUGGCCAUUUCUCGUGCUUAUCCCUUGCUUCCCUAACAACUCAGAAAGAGGGGCGCCUGGUGAUUUUGCCGGAUUAACGUCUCGUCCGGUACAUUCCUUUCAUGAUGCUUAUUUCCUGCAUUCCGAUGGCCCAAAGUGGUCGUCAAUUUCUAUACACUCGACUAUGUCGUCGCGAUGUAGGGUUUCCUAUUUGCCUUCCGCUGUGAUUUCCGUUUUGUUUUGUUGCGCUGUUGAUUUGGGGAUCAACGCCGUGUUCUUGACGCGCGACGGGCAUUGCGUUUUGGUGUGGGCUCACUACAAGGCAGAUUCAAUACAACAAGAGCAGUCGCAGCAAUUCAUCACGAGGCACAGCCCAGGGGACCAAAGUUUGGAGAGAAGCGUAGAAGCCCAACAGUCAUGCGCUACGAAGUCAUCGAACAACAAGAGUUAGGGAGU